UUCUAUCGUCUGUUUUUACCCGCCAAGCCAUUCCGUACAUCAGCGGUUGUUACCCGAGUGAUACUCGAGAUUUCUCCCGGAGUCCUCAACGCACCAAGCCCCAGUGAUUGGCACCGUCUUAUCACAAACAAAAACCUCUCUGGAUCCCCACCGGGAACAUGGAUCAACUGUCGGGCUUAGACAAAGACGCAAAAUGGCUGGCAAGGUUCGAGCAACAGUUCAGCCAGGUGGCUGGAGACGACCGCCUCAUUUACAUGGAAGAAUUCACCAAAGCACUGGGAGUCAAAAAAUCUUUCUUUGCCGAGCGAUUCUUCCACCUGAUCGAUACGGAUCAAUCAGGGAGCAUCAAUCUGAAGGAGUUGAUGUCGGCUCUUCGGCUCCUCGUCCACGGGACGGCCUCGGACAAACUCCACUUCCUCUUCCGUGUCUACGACGUUGAUGGCAACGGAUCCAUAGACUUCGUGGAGCUCCGGACCGUCCUGAAGUCUUGCACCGCCGAGAGCGCCCUCCAGCUGACGGAGGAGACGCUGGAUGAGCUCACGGAGGUCUUGUUCGAGGAGGCAGACACGGACUCCAGCGGGACCAUCAGCUUCGAGGAGCUUCAAGCCCAGCUGGAAAAGUACCCUGAUAUCGCAAAUAAUCUUACCAUAAGCGCGGCUGACUGGAUGAGGCCGCCGUCCGCACCGACGAAUUCCAAGGCGAGCGGACACUGCUGUCCCGGUCGCAUCUGCCGCUGGACAAAAGUCCGUAAUAAUCUCUCCAUCAUUGCUUUUGUGGUUCUGUUUGUGGUGGCACACAUGGGACUGAUAACCUGGGGUGUUCUGGAGUCGUGGGGCAAAUUCCCGGACCAGCAUUGGCUGAUGGUGGCGAGAGGUGCCGGCCGGUGCUUAAGUUUCGACUGUGUCUUCGUUCUCUUUCUAAUGCUUCGUAAAUGUCUCACCCUGAUCCGAAGCACCAAUCUGACCUUUGCCCUCGUCCUGAUUGACCAGCACAUCGAUUUGCAUAAGCUGGUUGGCUACGUCAUCGUUGUGCUGACGCCAGUGCAUAUCGUUGGCCACGUGGUACGUUAUGUUGGUUUCUCUAGUGAUGGCGCCUCCAACUUUACAUUAGUGGAGUACCUGUUCACAUUCAAACCUGGUAUCGGCUGGGUUGCAGGGAGUGCCAACGUCACAGGUCACGCCCUCACGGUCAUCCUCAUUAUCAUAUUCGUCUUCUCCUUCUCCUGCAUACGACGCCGGGGCUAUUUCCAGGUGUUCCAUAUGACCCAUCAGUUCUCCAUAUUGUUCUGGAUUAUCCUCAUCUUCCACGCGACAACAUUCUGGUAUUGGUUCAUCUUGCCUGGUACCCUGUACACCAUUGAGAGAAUACUGCGGCUCAAGUUGGUUCGCAGAGCCAGAGACGGCAGAACGUUUAUCAAGAAGGCCGUUGUACUGCCAGCAGACGUGACUCUUUUGAUAAUUCCGCGCCCUCCAAAGUUUAAAUACCACGCCGGCGAGUACGUACACAUCAACAUCCCCGAGAUAGCGCAGAAUGAGUGGCACCCAUUCACCAUUACGAGUGCUCCAGAGCAGAAAGAGUUUAUCACCCUCCACAUACGGUCAAUAGGGAACUGGACGAAGCGCCUGAUGACCGUCUUUAAGGAGCGUCAACAGAAGGACACAGCGUCUUACGAAAACCUCAUGAUGGAGAGUAGGGAAAAGCCACUAGAAAUACUGGCCGAAGAGGGCUCACUAACGUCACAAAAUGGCGUCUCGCCAACCAAGAGACAAAUUGAAUUCAAUGAGAAUACAUCGGGCGUCAGUAUUCCGGGAGCUCUCAACAACAACGACGAGAAGGAAACCGACUACGUGCAUCAACAAACGUCCGAUGACGUCGCCUCUCUUGAAAAAAAUCGAUUAUCAAACAUGAGCGAUACCGAGAGUGGUAUCGAUACAAUGGCAACAGCGGAAUCCAACAGGAAGAAACCGCUUGCCCUGACACCGAUUACCAAGCGCAAGGAUUCUAAACUGGCAAGCAAUGUCAUCAACCCACUCUUGACACCAGCGAAACUGAACUCUGUACCGAGUCGGAAGGACAGUGGUGUGUCGAGCGAACACAUGUUUCAGCAACCUGUGGCCGCUUCAUUGAAUGAAACCGACUUGAGGGCGAGACCAAGUGUGCACGCAAGGCCAUUUUUAGCCUCGUCCCCACCACCGCCAUCUCGACGUCGGACCCGUAGCUUCAAUAGGAAACUAACGCAACACUCCCUCGACGUUGCCCACUGUCUCAGCAAAGACAGAACUGAACACACUGGGAUGGAGGUGUAUAUUGAUGGACCCUAUGGGGCGCCUUCUCAGCACAUAUUCGAUUCGGACCACGCUGUCUUGAUCGGUGCCGGUAUCGGCAUCACACCCUUUGCAUCCAUACUCCAAAGCAUACACGAACAACACAAAAUGGCGACCAAGAUGUGUAGGCGAUGUGGAAAUUCUUGGAUUGAAGAAGCACCGUCGUUGCUCCGGGUCAAGAAGGUGGAUUUCUUCUGGAUAACGCGACAACAGCGUUCGUUUGAGUGGUUUCUCAGCCUCCUAAACCACAUCGAGAUGGAGCAGCAGGAGAUGGCGUCAUCAAGACGCUUUAUUGAUAUUAAUUUAUACAUGACAUCUGCGUUGGGCAAAAAUGACAUGAAGGCUAUUGGUCUCCAUAUGGCCCUGGAUCUCAUCCACAAGAAGAAGCAACGAGACACCAUAACGGGGCUGAUGACGCGUACUCAGGCUGGCAGACCGGACUGGGACCAGGUAUUCGCCGAUCUCGCCAGGCAAAACCGCGGCAAGAUCACCGUCUUCUUCUGUGGUGCUCCAAUCCUCGGAGAAGUCAUCAAGAGAAAGUGCCAAGAUCAUGGAUUCGGAUUCCGGAAGGAAAACUUUUAAAGUUUUUCAUUCAUUCCUCUAUGUCCAAGUUUUCUUGCUGUAGUUCCGAAACUUUAAAAUGUCUGGUGCCAAUGUGUGCCUUUGCCAAUGUGCCUUUCUCGAUGUGUGCCUUUUGCGUUUUUGCAACUACUAUAGUUCUAGUUGUAUAGUGGCUUGUGUGUGUAAAACUGUGCCUCUAAACAGUUUCAUAGUUGUGAGUUUACGUGCGGUUCGUUUGUUUUAGAACGUUCAGUGUACGUACUAUAAUCAUAAUAUUUUUGGCGGUAAAAUUUGGCUCAAAGUCAACCAAAAGUCUUUCCUAUUAUGUAUUUUGUAGUAACAGUUGAAUUAUAAAGAAGUCAUGAAAGUAUAUUGUGUAAAGAUGUCUGGACACUGUGUGUCUUAGUCACAUGUUUGAACAGGUUUUUACUUGUAUAUAAAUGCAAAUUUAACAGUAUUAUAUAUAGCAUAUACAAAGAUUUUGCGAUUUGUAUAAAAAUAAUUGUCUUCCAGCUCAAUAAACAAGUUUUGAGAAAUAUUGAGAGAAAAGAAAGAAACUCAUAGAGGAACUACGACUCAUCUCAUAAUUAUGAGUAUUAAAGUCAGACUGACUUUUAUUUAUUGGCGUGUACCAAUAUUUAAGUCACUUUUAUUGGAUACAUCUCAUUUUAUAAGUAUACAAUUGUCAUCAUAAUGAUUGCACUGAAAUAUAUCAUAAGUCAUGAUAUAAUGAGUAGGGUAGAUAGCCUUAGCUUUCGAUCUAAACCGGACCUUCUUAUUCUUCAUAAUAUAUCAGAUACCAUAAGUUAUAAUAUUGGGACACAGAAUCUCCUGCCACACAGGUCAGAAACCAGGCUCAGAGCUCAUGCCCCAUCAGCUGUACUAAAAGGCACUGUACUUCUUAAUCGUGAAAACCAGUCUUCUCAUUUGGUGCAUCUCAACAUAAUUAUGCACAAAAUAACAAACCUGUGACAAUUGGAACUCA